GGGGACAGACAGAACUGGAGGUGGAAUAGGGUGGUACCGCUGGCCGCUGCUCCUGGGGCUGCUGCGGGGAACUGGGCAGUCAAGGUCACAAGGGUGGAGGAGGAAGAGAAGCUGCCGUGGGCUCUGCCCGGGCAGCUCUGCCCCAGGGAUGCAGCCGCUCCCGCCACCGGUGCCUGGACCCCUGGCGCUGCUGGAUACCACAGAAGGCUUCGCCAGGAGGAAGAAGAUCUCCCUGUGGUUCCUGGGGUCUUUGCUGCUGGUGUCUGCCCUCAUUCUGACUGUCGGCCUGGCCGCCAACACCAGGACAGAGAACGUGACUGUGGGGGGCUACUACCCAGGGAUCAUCCUGGGCUUCGGGGCUUUCCUGGGACUCACUGGCGUCAACCUAGUGGAGAACAGAAGACAAAUGUUGGUGGCAGCCAUCGUGUUCAUCAGCUUUGGCGUGGUGGCUGCAUUCUGCUGCGCGAUAGUGGACGGAGUAUUUGCUGCACGCCACAUUGAGCCAAGACCUCUCAGCACAGGAAGGUGCCAGUUCUACUCCAGUGGGACGGGGUACCUGUAUGAUGUUUAUGAGACAGAGGUCACCUGCUACUCCUUGAAUGGCAGGUGCCAGCUGAAGGUGAGGAGCAACACAUGCUACUGCUGUGACCUCUACGCCUGUGGGAGCUCUGAGCACUCACCUGCCUACUAUGAGUUUGUGGGAGUGCGUGGCUGCCAGGAUGUGGUCCACCUGUACUGGCUGCUUUGGGUCUCCACUGCACUGAACAUUUUGGGCCUGUGCACAGGAAUCCUCACCGCUGCUGUCCUGGGGGCAUUCAAGGACAUGGUCCCUUUGUCCCAGCUGGCAUACGGCCAGUCUCCCCCACCUCAGAUCCUCUACAACCCUGCCCAUCAGAUCCUGACCUAUACUGGCUUCUGCCCGCCACCUUCCACUGUGCCAACCUGCUCCUCCUACCCUCUGCCUCUGCAGCCCUCCGGCGCCCUGCCUGCCUCAGCCUCUGCCGGCCUCUCCUUGCCGGAGGAUGUAUGGCCUCCCAGCCAAGGGCAGCCUCCCCACGCCCCGCCGCUCUGCACACCAGCCUGCUUCCUCCCAGGGGAGAAGCCACCCCCAUACGCACCCUGACAGCAGUGGGAGAGGGAAGUCACUUGGUUUGCCAAUAUUAAUUAAUACUAAUGAACAAAAAGAAAGAAGUCACCUCCAGCAGUCCUGCUUCUGCAGUCAGCCUCCUAGAGAAGCCAGAGAGCCCUCCGCAGAACCCUCCUUCUGUCCCUCGUGGGCACCUGGCAGGGCCAGCCAUCCCUGAGCCCAGCCAGGCCCUGCUCUCCUCUGCAUGUCCCAGUGACAGUCCUGCCUCGCAGUCAUCAAACCCACUUCAUUCCUGCUGUCCCCUACCGGUGAGCAGUCAUUAGGGUCUGGAGGAAAUGCAGCUCAGCAUCUCCCAGCACCAGGAUCAUUCUUUAAGGAAGAAAGUUGCAAGUGUACAUAUUCAUAUGUCUCCAAGAAGAGGCAGAGCCUCUCGCUUGAUGCCCAGUCUUCCUGAUAUUUAUCUGAAUGAAAGCAAGCUUUGGUUAAAGUCUCUUCUAAAGACACACGAGCUCUGACUAGUGAUGGCUACUUGUGGGACAGACUAUACCUAGCUGGCCAGAGGCCCCCGUGCCUGAGUUGUGAUGUGCCUAUUAAGUCUGCUCUUCUGUUGUUCUUCCUGAUGCUCACCGGUGGCCCUGUGGCCUGGAAGCUUCCUCCCGACAAGGAGCUUUCCUGGGCAUUCAAUUCUGCUCUGGGCACUGUGGGGGCGACCUGCUGGGUUGCACACUGAGAGCUCCCCAUGCCCCACCUCUGCACACACCUGGAGAGAUAGGCGGGAAGCAAUCGCUCAGAGCCUGGCAGGGGGCCAGAGAAGGGCAUGGGAGGCCUCCCAACUGCCAAGGACAGAUCCCAGAGACCCAGGGCCCUCCCCAGCUCUGUGGCUGGGAGAAGAGGAGGAGAGGAGAGCCACAGGCAGUCCACAGUGUCCUUACCCCUCAGCCCAGCUCGCCUCCUCUACCCUCACUGUCAUUGAAAACUGCAGAGCAGCUCUGGCCCUCACAGCUCUCAUUUUGGUGUCUUUCUAUAAUAAAGGU